AUGGAACUCAUGGAAUUGGAGAAGGGCAACAGCGAUGCUGGCGGUCAUGCGCCACCCACGAGAUCUAACUCCAAUCCGAGCAUUGGGGAGAGCUUGCCCCCGACACCGAAUCCCAAGGGCGAGAUCCCGGAUCCUCAAGGUGCCGAGAUGGAGGUGACGCUGCUCGCGGACACAGAUUUGCCAUCGUUCAUAACGACCUGGGUUAGUGCGGCCACGACGGCCGAAGGCAAAGCAACAACGACGUGUGCCGAGCUGGAGGUGCUCGAGUCCCAGGGAGAGUUGAUCAAGUUGAUAAUGGAUGCAACAAGCGGCCUUGCUGCAAAACGCAAAGCCCUGCAGAGCUUGGGUGCCAACGCCUCGUCUGCAAGUGUGCAGACGAUCCUCUCGCAGGCAUGUCCGUUUGUGCUGGCGUACAAGAAGCACGUGAAAGUUGCCAACAACCUGAUCAGCGGCCACAAGAAGGAAACCCAGCCGAAGAAGAAGGCCAAGGCAGCGUCGAAAGCGGCCACUUUGAAGGUGUCGCCGACCCACGUAUCCGUUCUGCUCAGAGAUGUGAAGUCCGAGAGUGUUCGUGCCCGAAAACGAAAUGCCAGCGCUAAGCGACGAAAUCUUCUGCGGCUGGCUACAGGUAAAAAAAAGAAGGCCCCUUUGAAGAAAAGCAAGCUUGCUGCACCCCCGCCAAGUCGAUGGCAGAGCUGGCCCGUGCUCAUGCCGUACGAUGUUUGCAAAGCCAUAAAGGCUUCGGGCAUGGUGAAGGAGUUGCUCUGUGGAACACUGGACCCGCUGGCUUUUUGGAACCAGGCCUCUCACGAGGACUGGGGUGCGUCCCACCCCGUUCAGUUCUGGGACGAUGACAAAAAAUCCCGGGCAUACCCGGUAUUGAAGAGCGACAUGAUGCUAUACAAUGAAGCUGGGGACAACAUCUCUUUGCAUCACUUACAGGACACUCUGGUCCAAAGUUUAAACAAAUGCAGCGACCCAAACAACGACCUCGGAUUUACCAUCCACAUCGUCUGUGGACGUGGCGACUGGAAAUGGCGGCACGAGUGGUUGAAACAAACCAGAUUUUAUGGAAAUGCUGCUGGACCAAACGGUCUUUGUCAGAGGUGCCUGGCUUCCAAGACUACUUGGCUGGAUCCAGUUUUCGAAAGAUUCAACAAUCAUGCCGACCUAGAAGAAGCACUUGCCACUGCCGUUGGAGACAUCAGUUUGAAAAAUCUCGCCGGCUGGCGGUCUGAGAUGGAGCUGCCGGACCUAUUGCACUGCUGCUGGUUGGGCAGUGCCCGUGAUCUCAACGGCAGCUUAUGUAUGCGGAUGGCUUCGAAGUUUUUUGGUGGUGCUACGUAUGAUGAACGGCUUGCUGAACUUCGAAAGGACAUGCAGCUUUGGUGCCAAAACAACGGCCUCUCACCCUCGAUCAUCGAUGAAUUCAGUGCCUUUCCCAUAACUUAA